CACACACACACACACACACACACACACACACACACACACACACACACACACACAUCGAGAGUGUAAUAUGGGCUACAUUGUUUUAUUUUGAAAGGCCUAAACGGAUGUGUCUUUGUUGUAGCUAUGCUAGCUUUCCGGUGAGGUUGGACAGCUUUACGGAAUCGGAUUGAACUCCUCAGCAAGACCUCCGAGGCUGCCCCGUAGCAGCCGCUUCUCCUCCUCCCCCUGUUUUGUGGGAGUCCCGUGUUUCUCCCCCCUCUCUCCCUCUCCUCGGCGGGAGUGGGUGUGUCGAUGCGAGCCAGUGCUGCCGCUUGUGCGCACUCACAAAAAAAGAGAGGAAAAAGUUGACGAUGAGUUUAGAGUAGCGGCGGCCCGCCUCGGAGCAGGCUAACGACAGUCCAGGAAUGGCAAUUUGGACCAGAGCGGAUAAAAAUGGUCAGCUGGACCUUCUGCUUCGGGACCGCUGGAUCCGAGUGGCUGCAGAACUCACACGGGAGACGCUGACUCUAACAGCCGAAUCAGAGGUGACCGGACAGGCGGGCAACCACUGGGACUGCUCUUCGGCUGGCCUGCGAAAUGGCAUGUCGAACGGAAAUGAUCCGGGAACGAGUGUGGGGAUCCCUGGCCGCCGUUCGUCCUCAGGUCAAGACCAGCUUCAGAACCACGGGGUGCGAGGGCGCAGUAGCAGCCCGGGUCGAGGAGGCGUCAACCGCGGCCAGUACAGCCCUGGAAAGUACCCGAUUAACGGCACAAACUCUGACUUCGGAAGCCCCGGCUCUAGUUACGGUAGUCCAGGGUCAAGCUUUGGGUCGAGACAAGGCGAUUUCCCGGUCAGCCUGGACGGGUCCUCCGAAGCUGUGCGUAAAGUCCGAGUAGUUAAACAAGAGUCUGGCGGGCUGGGGAUCAGUAUCAAAGGGGGGCGCGAGAACCGGAUGCCCAUCCUCAUCUCCAAGAUCUUCCCUGGACUCGCUGCAGACCAGAGCCGGGCUCUCCGGGUGGGCGACGCAAUCCUGUCGGUGAACGGGACCGAGCUCCGGGAGGCAACGCAUGACAUGGCGGUCCAGGCGCUCAAGAAGGCGGGGAAAGAGGUGACGCUGGAGGUCAAGUAUAUCCGCGAGGUGUCUCCGCUCUUCAAGAAGCCGUCGCUUGUCGCCGACCUGCCGUGGGACGGCGUCCGCCCGCAGUCGCCCAGCUACAGCGGCAGCGACGAUUCAGAGUCGCCCAAACACAGCAGCUCCUCCUCCUCCUCGUCUAAAGACAGGAAGGUCAUCAGCCUGAAGAUGUGCUUCAUCAGCAGGAACCUCACCAUGCCUGAUCUGGAGAACAGACUGCUGGAGCUGCACUCCCCAGAUGGCCAGCACACGGUGGUUCUGCGCUGCAAAGACGGGCCGACCGCCAGCUCCUGGUUCACGGCCGUACACACCAACAUCGCAGCGCUGCUGCCACACACCCUGGCACACAUCAACGCCUACCUGGGGGCGUCAUCGGCAGCCUCCACACACCCCCACCUCAAACACAUCGGCUGGCUGGCUGAACAGAUCCAGCUGGAAGGCGGGCGGCAGCAGUUCCGGCCGCUGGUCAUGGCGCUGACAGAAAAAGACAUCCUCCUGUUUGAGUCGGUGCCGUGGAGCCGAGAGUCCUGGUCCAUGCCUGUGCUCACACACCCGCUGCUCGCCACCAGAUUGGUUCAUUCUGGUAGCGCCCAGGGUUCUCCAUCCCAGAGCUCAGACCUGGUGUUCGCCACCCGGACCGGCACCGGGCGUGGCGUGGAGUCCCACAUCUUCAGAGUGGAGACUCAUUGGGACCUGUCCACGUGGACACGAGCUCUUGUGCAAGGUGUGCACGCUGCUGCCGAGCUCAUCAAAGAAGUCUCCAUUGGCUGCACGUUGAACAGGCAGGAUGUUCGGCUGAUGCUGCACUAUGAAAAGGGCUUCUCUGUGAUCAGGGAACCCGUGGACCAGACGGGGGGUGCCGUGCUCUACAGGUACCCCUACGAGAAGCUCAAAGUGUCUGCUGACGACGGAGUACGGAACCUUUAUCUGGACUUUGGUGGUCCCGAGGGAGAAAUGGUGUUUGACCUCCACUCAGGUCCGAAGCCGGUGGUGUUCGUCCUCCACUCCUUUCUGUCAGCGAAGCUCGCUCGCAUGGGCCUCCUGACGUGAAUGGGCCGGCGGCGCCACCUACAGAAGAAAAGAAACGAGCAGAUUUCCUUUUACGUUUUAUUUGAUCCACAUUCCCGGUCCACAGCCGAAGUGUGGCCGGAGGCGAGGCGGCGCUGCUGCUUCUAAACUUUAACUCGCCAGUUGCUUGUUGGGUGAUUGUCUCAAAAUUGUGCCUUCCUGCCCCCCCCCCCCCCCCCCUGAAAGGUGAAAGGAAGGGCCACUUUCCAGCAUCAUUCCACAGAGCGGCGUUCUAACCUUCACUGUGUUCAGCUGAUGGGGCGAACAAAAAGAUGCUGAAGGUGUGGCGGCACCUGCGCCCUCUCAAGGCUCGUUUCUUAGAUAGAUGAACAGACACUCCGUUUUUACUCUGCCUAUCAUUCCAUAACAGCCUUCCGAUUAUCCCGUCUACAAACUUCACUCCUCUCCAUCGGCAUGCCGUCCCGAAACCACCGUUCGUAAUCAGGAUCGCCAACUGUGCCUUGUUACGCGGAGUUAGAGACAUCCAUGUUUCAUGUUUUUGUAUUUCACAUAAUAAGGUUUUAAGCUUUGGAAAUGCACAAGCAAUAGUUACUCUAAACCACAUUACUGUGUUUUUAUGUUAGUCCUGAUAGCGUGACUUCCUGAUGACGAAACACAAGACGACGACUUUCCGCUCUUCUUUACACUUCCACAUAUUUUCCACCCCGGCGUGUCCUUCUGGUUUGAGUUUCCGCUCUUCUGCGGGGGUUUAAAGGCUCACCAAUCCUGUGACCGAUCCACGAAUGUAUUUAACUCCAUUUUCACUCUUAUUGUUGAUUUUUUUUUUCCUUUAAUCAUCACAAACUUUCUUUCCACGUUUGAUUAAGCAUCAAAAAUCUGGCUGACCUAACCCUAAAGCAAAACAAUCUGUUAAUGUAUCAAAAAAAGCUUUAAAAUGUGACUCGUCGCUAUAAUUCUGACUGCGGUUAAAACCGUUCAACCUAAACAAUGAAAGGGGUCAAUUUCACUCUUUUUAACAGUUUAUUUCAGAUAAUUAUUAAAAUUAUCAUUAAAGAGCAAGUCACCCCCUACCAGAGUCUAACUCCACUCCCACUUCAUGUUUGAAAAAUGCAACAAAUGCCGUUGCCUGGCAGACCGAGAGGGCGGAGCCGUUAACAAACACACACACAGGUUCACAACAGCAUUGUGACAUCAUAAUGUACCAGUUUACAUCAUAGCAUACCUCUUAGCCAAUAGCGGUGGCAGAUUUAAAUUCAAAUACAGUGCAGAGUUUUUACCUGACAACGGCACAACACUGCCAGUUUUAGGCAGAAAAUUUAAAUUUUAACUUAAGUGCCAAAUUAUUGACGACACGUGUCUGCAGCACGAUUAGACACUUGUUUAUUUAGUUUAUCAGCAAAAAAAAGUUGAUUUGGGGGUGACUUGCUCUUUAAAAAGCAAGUCACCCCCUACCAGAGUCUUACUCCACUCCCACUUCCUGUUUGAAAAAUGCAACAAAUGCUGUUGCCUAGCAGACCGAGAGGGCGGAGCCGCUAACAAACACACACACACACAGGCUCACAACGACAUUGUGACAUCAUAUGGUACCAGCUAACGUUCUAGGGUACCUCUUAGCCAAUAGCGAUGACAGAUUUAAAUUCAAAUGCAGUGCAGAGUUUUUACCUGACAACGGCACAACACUGACAGUUUUAGGCAGAAAAUUAUAAUUUGAACUAAAAUGCACUAAAGUGCAAAACUAUUGACUACACCUGUCUGCAGCACGAUUAGACACGCAUUUAUAUAGUUUGUCACAGAAAAAAUUUGUUGAUUUGGGGGUGACUUGCUCUUUAAUUUAGCGUUCUGAUCUCAGCAAACCAAAGAAAUUUGCCUCCAACUUGAUCUUAGUCUCGAUACUGUAAACAAAAUAGAACAAGUGCCACACAUGCACACUAAAGUCUGAUAUAUUUUUGUUAAAAAUGCAAACGUCAUUUGUUACUUUCACAUAAAGGUUCGAACUAAAAUUGUGGAUCUUAAUCGUCGUUACUGACGGUCCAAACAAGCGUUGGUGUGCUCAGAUAUAUAUGUGCAAAAGUUAUGUUGAAUGAGUUUAAUAUAUGCAAAAAUAUAUGAAUCUAGUAUUUUCGUACAGAGCAGAGAGUUGCAGAUCAAAACUUUAAAACACCUGAUUGGAUGUUUACUUUGAUUAGUCAGUUUGGAGUUUUGUUGCUUUUUAGCAGUAUUACUAAAAUGUGCUGGUGCUCAUAUAUUAUGUCUGUUUAGAUUAAAUCGACUCUGCACGAGGGAUGUGGUUACAAAGCUCAAGAACAGGCCAAAAUGAGCAGAAAUAGUCUCUAGCUGCAGCCACAGCUGCAUUUCAGCUCGUCCUCUCGUUUGUGGACUCGAUUUUGAGUCUAACCCUUCAGCAGAAACUCUGCUCUCCUGGACCUCAGACAGUGACCUAUUGUGUUUCCUAACUGCGCCACAGGAAAACAAGAUAACCCUUCUGCACUGGCUCAUUCCUGCCUGAACCUCCGUUUUUGUUGCUGUAGACUUUCUGUUGGAGUUUUAUAAAUGAAGUCACGGCAUUGUUUAGUUCCUUUUUAAGGGUUCCAGUCCUUUUCAGUCAUUUCUUUUAUCAACGAUUGAUGUCGAAGCAGAAGUAGUUUUUACUUCCCCGUAUAUCACGCGUUGUUCCAUGUAAUGAGCUCAGUGUGAUUCAAGUUCCUGCCACGUUUCACACAAAGCUACGGUCACGACCUUCUGUUGAACGCCUCCAUGCACUAACCUAUCAGACCCUUUUAUAUGCGUGCAUGUACCACUUUUGUGUACACCUUUAGUCUUCGUCGUCUCUCCUCUCUAUGCAAUUAAUGCUUCUAAAAAGUGUUUUGUUUUAACCAAAGGUAUUAUUUGUGGCAGCUUGCGUCUUACACAAUCAUGAAGCUGAGAUCCACAGGAAGAUAAAGUGCUGCUGCAACAACUUGUCUAAUGCAAAGUAUUUUAGAUUCCUUACAAGAUACAGAAUACAAUGUAAAAUAGAAAUGUAGUUUCCUGAAAUGUAAAUAAACCAAUAAAACUUGUUAUUACAUGA